CUCCCCUAAGUAUUAAGGAUCUUGAUAUUUUACUGUUGGAAACGGCUAUUGUGGAAAAGCAAUCAUGACUGUGGGUAAGAGUAGCAAGAUGCUGCAGCACAUUGACUAUAGAAUGAGAUGUAUCCUGCAAGAUGGAAGAAUCUUCAUUGGCACCUUUAAGGCUUUUGACAAGCAUAUGAAUUUGAUCCUCUGUGAUUGUGAUGAGUUCAGAAAGAUCAAGCCAAAGAAUGCAAAACAACCAGAGCGUGAAGAAAAACGGGUUUUAGGUCUGGUCUUGCUACGUGGAGAGAACUUGGUAUCCAUGACUGUGGAGGGUCCACCUCCUAAAGAUACUGGUAUUGCUCGUGUGCCACUUGCUGGCGCUGCAGGUGGCCCUGGGGUUGGGAGGGCAGCUGGCAGAGGAGUACCAGCUGGUGUACCUAUUCCCCAAGCUCCUGCUGGAUUAGCAGGCCCUGUCCGAGGAGUUGGAGGUCCAUCUCAGCAGGUCAUGACUCCACAAGGAAGAGGCACUGUAGCAGCUGCUGCAGUUGCUGCUACUGCCAGCAUUGCUGGAGCCCCAACCCAAUACCCACCAGGACGUGGAACUCCACCUCCACCUGUAGGCAGAGCAACCCCACCUCCAGGAAUUAUGGCUCCUCCACCUGGUAUGAGACCACCCAUGGGCCCACCAAUUGGCCUUCCCCCUGCUCGAGGGACACCUAUAGGCAUGCCCCCUCCAGGAAUGAGACCCCCUCCACCAGGAAUUAGAGGCCCACCUCCCCCAGGAAUGCGUCCACCAAGACCCUAAGAUAUGGUUGAUAAAUAUCAGCCUUUCCUUUCCCUGCAAUGUGUCUUGUGAAAUUGUGUAGCCUGAAAGCUUUUUGAUCCCUCUUACUGCAUUAAUUAUAGCUAAUAAAUACAUAGAGCAAUUGAAUUGA